AUGUACUUUUCAGUGAAUUCGAGCACUUUUUCCAACCACGCCCCAGCUGACUUUGACGAUGGCUUCCUGCGUAGGAAACAACGAAGGAAUAGGACCACGUUCACUUUGCAACAGCUGGAAGCUUUGGAGGCGGUCUUUGCACAGACUCACUACCCAGAUGUGUUCACCCGCGAGGAGCUGGCCAUGAAGAUCAACUUGACCGAGGCCAGGGUGCAGGUUUGGUUUCAAAACCGCCGGGCCAAGUGGAGGAAAACGGAACGAGGCAGCGCGGAUUCGGAAGGAGGCAAAGAGCAGCUGAGCGAGGCCGCUCCUCCAGCGCGUGGCAUCAAUUCUCAGUCGCCGGUGGAGCCGAGCCGGAAACAUAAAGAACCGCUGGAUAUGCAGCAGAGUAUGAACAGGCCGGUGGGUCCCGGUGGUCCCUUCUUCCCAUCGUGUCUACCAGGGACCCUCCUCAACUCUGCCACUUAUGCUCAGGCCCUCUCUCAGGUGGCCACUUUGAAAGGUAACGCUUUGUGUUCCUGCUGUGUCUCGGACCCUAUGGGCUUGUCCUUCCUGCCUCCCUAUGGUUGCCAAGGCAACCGCACAGCCAGCGUAGCCGCCCUCCGCAUGAAGGCCCGCGAGCACUCUGAGGCCGUGCUGCAGUCGGCCAACCUGCUCGGUGGCGCCGCCACCUCGUCUGGGCCAGGCAUGGUGAGGCCCCCCGCGGGCGUUCCUACCCAGGCGGAAGCGGGAGGGACGAGAGGCGGGGAUGCCUCCAGCCCUAACCUGACCUCUAAGGUGCUUAGGGGCGGCCUUGAGAAACAACCUCACUGCUCCAAAGACGGUGCGGAGAAGAAGUGAGCAUGUGGACGCUUGUGUGACACUGAGGGCUCGUCGAAGCACAACAAUGGAGUGAGCACGAGAUUUAUUUAUUUGACUGUUUUGAAUUGUUAAUACUAUUUAUGGGGGACUUGUUGACCUCACAAAAGCACACAUUUGGAUCUGUUUUUCUGCACUCUUUGAUGGACAAAUGUAGUUAAAUCCAAUAUGAUUCAUACACUGGACACUUUUCAAGUUGAAAUGUUCGUGCUGUAAAUUAUAUGAAAAGCAGUAGAAGUUUGUUACAUUGAUUAUUUUUAUUUCUUCAGUCAUUUUUACAUUUUGACGUGUCCGAAAUUAUUCAGACCCUUUUAAGAAUCAUACUUACACUCCCAUUUGUUUUCUCUCCAUUGUCAUUACUAGCACAAUUGGUUAUUUAGAUAAUAUAAUUAGUAAUUAAUUAUUAAUAAAAUUAUUUAGAAUACUUACUUAUUGUAUAAAUUAUUUUUAAAUGAUUGACAAACUUCCUUUUGGACUAGACUUUAAACAAUAAAACAAAACAAAAACAUGUCCUACAGCCUUUUAACAUUUGUUAUUGUUAUCAUUUCCAGGGAACAAAUAUAUCACGAAUAUCUAAAUGAACAAAAUGCACGCAUGUAUGAAUCAUUUGGAAUUUAACUGUGCAGUAGAUAUAAAAAAAAAAUCUACACACCCAUCCCUGUUCAAAUGCAAUUUUGUUUUGUGAUAUAAAAGAACAGACAGGAUUAAUAAUUUUAGAACCUUUUCCACCAUUAAUAUGCAUGACAUGUACCCUAUACAACUCAAUUGUUUUUUUUUCAAGAGGAAAAAAUUAACUGGGAAGUUGUGCUUGCAUAAGUGUGCACACCCUGUUCUAACUGGGGAUGUGCUUGUGUUCAGAAUUAACAAUCAUAUUCAAAGUCAUUUGAACAGGGGUGUGUAGACUUUUUGUAUCAGCCCUGUGUGUUACUCCCAGUAAUACCUAAUGGAUAAUGUGAAUAUGUCACUUCGGUGGGCUAUGCUUACUUAUUGUGAAUGUUGAUGCAUGUGAAGAGUAACCUAAUGGCAGUGCUCUGCUGCAUUUUUUUCUGUUUCCACAAAUCAAUCAUCGUUGAUCUUGAAGUGAAAGUGCACUUUAACCUAAUAAUAUAAAAUCAGCCAUCAUCAGUGGAAGUGUGUGCGUGUUCCAGUCGAGGGGAGUUUCUCUUUUGUUAGCAUGAUUACCCACAGACAGACAGCGAACACAGCGCCACUGCUGUUGUGACAUGUUCUUUAAAACAAUUAAACAUGUAGUCGCUCAUGUUGCUCUCGCUGCAGCCAUCUGUUCUUAUCCAUUAUUUAGCAGCUCCUCUUUAAAGCCAUGAGAGCAUCGCACUGAUGUUUAUCAUUCAUUUACUUUGAGGAAUCUUCUUCUUGCCUCUUAAUAAAGCCCAUUAAAUGUGAUCAUCCCGGUGUAUUUGUGGUCCAUUCUAAGAAGAUGACGUCUCAUCACAGCCAGUGUAUACUGUAUUAAUUAAUAUUAUUAUUUGAU